AUGAUCCCUAUCGGCAUCAACCUGGCGGAGGACAGCGAGUGCUACAGGCGAAGAGGUCGGACUGUCACCGCACGUUGCCUGUUGGAUUGCGCUUCUCAACGCAACUUCAUCUCCGUAGCACUGUGUGAAAAGCUUAAACUUCCUCGAACUCGACUGCUGCAGCCGAUCACCAUCAGUGGAAUUGGCAACACUACUACACUUGUGGAACACGAAACCUCCGUUACCAUCAACUCCCGGGUGUCGCCAUUCUCCCUGAAGAGUUCAAUGCUCAUACUCCCAUCGAUUACCAUGAAGCUGCCACAGGUCUCCAUCAACGUUCGUCAAUGGUCAAUUCCAAGGGACGUUGACCUCGCAGAUCCAACGUUCGCCGUCACCGGUAGCAUUGACAUGAUCCUAGGUGCCGCACACUUCUUCCGUGUUCUCCGUUACGGCCGAAUCUCUCUCGGAAUCGAUCUUCCUCUGCUCCAAAACACAGAAUUCGGUUGGGUCAUAUCAGGAGAAUGUACGCUGGAAAACCAUGACCACCAUGAUAAAGGUAGCUGUCAGUUUAGCAAUCCCUGCACGAUCGACGAGCUGGUUAAUCGUUUUUGGCAGUUGGAAGAAGUUCAACAGGCACAAGGCUGGUCUCCAUCCGAACGUUUCUGUGAAGAGCAUUUUCUCAAAAACACCACUCGAAACUCCGAUGGCCGCUACGUUGUCCAACUUCCGAAGCGCGAAGAGCUCUUGCUGCAUCUGGACGACAACUGGUACAACGCUACACGACGUUUCUACGCUUUGGAAAGGUCGCUGGCCCGAGAUCCAGAGAAGAAGGCAAUGUAUCAAAAGUUCAUCCACGAGUACUUGGCGUUAGGACACAUGCGGGAAAUCAGUCCCGAUGAGCGUAAUUUCAAGCAUCGUUACUUCCUUCCCCACCAUGCAGUUAUCAAGAUGGACAGCACAACGACCAAGCUUCGAACAGUCUUUGACGCCUCAUGUCAAUCGAAAUCUGGCCUUUCGUUGAACGAUGUUCUGCUUGCUGGUCCCACCAUUCAAGAUACCCUGGUCACGAUCGUUAUGCGCUUCCGAAUAUUCGAAUUCGUCGCUUCUGCCGAUAUCGAGAAAAUGUACCGGCAGAUCCUUGUGUUCUUACUUGACCAACCGCUCACGAGCAUUGUCUGGCGCGAUCAUCCCGAUCUUCCGCUGCAGAUCUUCCAGCUACUCACUGUCAUCUAUGGUACCAGCUGUGCUCCAUUUCUGGCGAUCAGAGUAUUAAAGAAGCUUGCUGAUGACGAAGAACAGCAAUUUCCAUUAGCAGCUCCAGUGCUUCGUCGUGACUUCUACGUCAAUAAUCUACUAACUGGCUCUAACGACGCGGAAUCUCUCGCCAUUACCUGCAAAGAGCUUAUCGCACUGCUUGCUUCUGCAGGACUUCCACUCUGGCAAUGGUUUUCUAAUAGCCAAACCGUUCUUGAUGCCAUUCCACAGGAGCUUCGGGAAACUGAAACUUUACUCGACUUGGACCAUGAAGCCUCCGUCACAACGUUGGGUUUACGAUGGGAGCCUUCUACCGAUCUCCUUUCCUUCAAGCAACCGAAGUGGACGGAGUUUGCCACGUUAACGAAACGUGCAAUCCUGUCACAAAUCAGCAGUUUGUUCGACCCACUAGGUCUCAUCGGACCGACCAUUUCGAAGGCAAAGAUUUCGCUCCAAGGAUUAUGGAAACUCCAACUCGACUGGGACGCGGCAGUCCCACCAGUAUUUGUAAGCAAUUGGCAGGAAUUCAAGCAAAACCUCACCGUUCUCACUCAACUACGUAUUCCUCGACACGUUCUCAGUCCAGGCUACGCAAGGCUGGAAGUUCGCGGCUUCAGCAAUGCAUCAGAGGCUGCAUAUGGUGCAUGUCUGUACCUCCGGUCGAUAACAUCUGCUGGAUCCUGCACAGUUCGCCUCCUGAUGUCAAAAUCAAAGGGCACUCCUAUAGAUACCAAAAGCAUUCCUCGACUUGAGUUGUGUGCUGCUCUGCUCCUGUCCAAGCUUCUGGUUCAAGCCAUGGACAGCUUCGAUAUUUCCGCCACGAUAUAUUUGUGGACGGAUUCCACCAUUGUCUUAAAUUGGCUCUCCGCAACACCGUCUACGUGGAAGACGUUUGUGGCCAAUCGUAUAGCUGAGAUUCAGGAGCUCACCAUUCAUGCUGUCUGGAAUCACGUUCCGUCCAAGGACAAUCCAGCGGAUUUCAUCUCUCGGGGCAUGAAUCUCGACGAACUCGAAAGGAGUUCACUGUGGUGGCACGGACCGCAGUGGCUUGGCACGUUAGCUAUACCAUGGCCUGCUAAGUACUCUCCAACAAAAUCGUUACCGUCGGAUGAAUCAGAAGCUCGCAAGAUCGUCGUACUUCCAGUCGUUGAAGAUGAAACGACCAAUGAUUUAGUGUUCCACUACUCCAGCCUUCGUCCGCUGCUUCGAAUAGGCUCUCUCAUACGAAGGUUUGCCGAGAAUUGUCGGCGUCGCAAGAAUCAUCAAGAUCCUCUUGUGGGGCCGCUCACCGCAACCGAAAUCGAUCAAACUCUACUCGCCUUUGUGCAUCGAGCUCAAGAGCAGCACUUUGAGAAGGAAAUCCGUCAAUUUUCCACCACUUAUCAAGACGAUCGCAAGUCCAAGCUCCGAUACCUUCAUCCACAGCUUGUGGACGACAUUAUUCGUGUCGGCGGUCGGUUGCACAACGCACAGAUCCCGAUCGAAGAGAAGUAUCCGAUCGUCCUCCCGGCCAAGCAUCGACUGACCGAAAUGAUAGCGACCAAAGAGCACCAGAAAACGCUCCACGCUGGCCCUGGAUUGUUGCUUUCGUCCUUACGUCAACGAUUUUGGCCUCUUGGCGGUCGGAAUUUAGUUCGCCAGGUCAUCCACCGAUGCAUGACGUGCGCCCGAGCUAAACCGAAAUCUCUCGAACAGCUGAUGGGACAACUGCCUCCUGUUCGGGUCAAUCAGGUGUACCCAUUCCAGAAUGUCGGCAUAGACCUGGCCGGCCCGAUCUACGUGCGCACAUCGGUAAGAAACAGACGUACUCCGUUCUUCAAGGCAUACAUCGUGGUCUACGUGUGUCUCGUAACCAAAGCCGCUCAUCUCGAUCUCGUGUCUGACCUCACCAGCGAGGCAUUCAUUGCCAGCCUUCGAAGAUUCACCGGUCGUAGAGGAAAGCCUGCACAGGUAUAUUGCGAUAACGCGACAAACUUCGUGGGGGCGAAGAGAGAGCUAGAAGAGCUACGGAAACUGUUCAUGUCCCAGCAGCACAAGGAGUCGGUAGCGCGAGAGUGUUCAGAAAAUGGAAUCCAAUUCCACUUCAUCCCACCACGUUCGCCUUCGUUUGGUGGAAUCUGGGAAGCCUGCGUGAAAUCAGUCAAGACCCUGCUCCGCAAGAUUCUUGGCAAUGCACACCUCACUGAGCCUGAACUACAAACUGCUCUAGUGCAGGUGGAGGCAAUGCUCAACUCACGCCCUAUUACUCCACUACCAGACGAUCCUUCCGACGAGUUCGCUCUCACUCCAGGACACUUCCUGAUCGGCAGACCACUGAACGCAAUGCCCGAUCCUGACCAGCAGGACAUUCCCGAGACCCGCUUGACCCGGUGGAGACGAGUUCAGCAGCUCACCCAACAUUUCUGGUCCCGUUGGCACAAGGAGUAUCUGGCUACACUGCAAAAUCGCUACCGCUGGAAUCAAGUUCUCGGCAACCUCGCCGUCGGUUCCAUCGUCGCCCUCAAGGACGAGAAUGUUCCGCCACAAAAAUGGCCUCUCGGGCGCGUGAUCAGCAUCCACCCUGGUACCGACGGACGAGUGCGGGUCGCCACAGUAAAGAUCAGUUCAGGAACAACCAAGCGUGCCAUCUCAAAGCUGUGCCUACUUCCAGUCGAGAUUGAUCCUGCCAUCGUAACUUCGAAUGUGGUUCAAAACAUCAGUAAUUCUGUUAAAUCAUCGUUGAAAGAAGACCUUCGCUUGAGGAACCAAGCCGCUGGACCAGCUCCCGGCCCUUGCUCAGGGAACAGAGCCGCCGGACGAGUUCCCGGCCCCUACUCGGGGAAAUGA